CCCGCUGGAUCGUGUUUACUCCUCUGAAGAGCUUCUGGAGCAAAUACUAUUACAGGAGCCAGUCGCAGUGAACACACAGCAGCUGAUUUAUUAUCUCAUGCAAAUCUGCUGCAAGUGCUGAACAUUCAACACUGUGUGUGUGUGUGUGUGUGUGUGUGUGUGUGUGUUUAGGAGGAGAAACUCACACACACGUCCAGCUGCUGUAGCAGUGGAAUCAGACUUUCAGCUCCAUCAGCCUCAGCUUUAUUUACACCUGCACCAUGAGGAAAGGCUCCUGUUGCAUGUUCACGUCUGGAAUCCUCGGCGCUCUUCUCCUGGUCACAGGAGUCGCCCUGUUUGUGUCCGGAGUUUUCCAGACCUUGAUCCACAACAAGCUGAAGAGAGAGAUCACGCUGACAGAAGGCAGUAAAGUUUUUGCCACAUGGAAGAAUCCGCCGCCUCCAGUCUUCAUGGAGUUCUUCUUCUUCAAUGUCACCAACCCUGACGCCUUCCUGAAAGGAGAAGCCAAGCCUCAUCUUACUGAGAUGGGGCCGUACACAUACAGAGAGUACCGGCCCAAACACAACGUGUCGUUUGUGGAUAACGGGACGAAGGUUGCCGCUUAUACGCCCAAGUUUUUCGUCUUUGUGCGUGAGAAGUCAGUCGGAGACCCGAGCGUGGAUAUGGUGACGACGUUGAAUAUCCCGGCGGUGGCCGUGAUGGAUCGGCUCAAAGGUGCGGGAUUCUGGGUUUCCUCCGGCAUUUCCAUCUACAUGGGCUCCAUUGGCACCACCAUGUUCAUGACGCGCACGGUGAACGAGCUGCUCUGGGGCUUCAAGGACCCGCUGCUCACUCGCCUGAAAACCAUAAAGCCAGACACGGAGGAAUACUUCGGCCUCAUGUAUAACAAAAACGGCAGCAAUGACGGUGAGUUUGUGUAUCACACCGGAGAGCAGAACUACCUGGACUUCGGCCGCAUCUACACCUGGAAGGGAGAAAAGAUGCUGUCGUUCUGGAAAACCAACCAGAGUAACAUGAUCAACGGCUCCGACGGCAGCGCCUUCCACCCGUUCCUGACCAAAGAAGAGCGGCUGAACGUCUUCACCUCCGACCUCUGCAGGUCCAUCCACAUGCGCUUUGAGAAGGAGGUGGAGGUGAAGGGAAUUCCUGCGUACCGCUUCACGCCACCCCGGGACGUGCUGGCCAGCGGCAAGAACAACCCAGAAAACGAGGGAUUCUGUGUCACAAAGAAAUGCCUGGACGAUGGCGUGCUGGAUGUGUCUGUGUGUCGCAAAGGUGCUCCUGUAGUCGUAUCUUUCCCUCACUUUCAUCUGGGCGAUAAGAAGUACGCCAAUGCCAUCGACGGUAUUUCUCCGGUCCACGAGCAUCAUCAGACCUUUCUAGAUCUGAACCCUACUAUGGGAGUCCCUGUUCGUGCCAUGAAAAGAGCCCAGAUCAACAUCCAUCUUGACAGAGUAACCGGCUUUCCUUUGACAAGGAAUCUCAACGGCACCAUUUUCCCCAUUGUGUUCCUGAAUGAGUCGGUGGUGAUUGACGACGCUUCGGCCGCGAGGAUUCAGAAGCUGCUGCUGAUCGUGACUCUAGUCUCUCAUUUCCCUCUCAUCCUCGCCACUCUGGGAGUCAUCCUGCUCUCCGUCGCCAUCAUCCUCGCCUAUCGCUUCUAUAAAAACAAGCCAUCUGCAAAGAAAGACACGUCGUACGCUCCCGUGAGCGCCAAAGCGGACGAUCAAGAUGAGAAAAAUGGAACGUAUAUCGGCAUGACGCCCGUGGACAAGUCUUAAACUACUCUGUGUGUGUGUGUGUGAGUGAGUGAGAGAGGGUGUGAGUGUGUGUGUGUAUGUGUGUGUGCGUGUGCGUGCAUGCGUGUGUGUGUGUGUGUGUGUGCAUGGUCACAGAUGUUGUCUAACAAGCACUAUCAGUAGUUUGUAGAGCGGUGUGUGUCAGUAAAUGACGGUCGUCAUGAUUCACACACUGGCUCUUCCUCAGGACUAAAGCCGUUUAGAAACAGGCAUCUUGAUGAACGACUGUAGAGAGUCUCUGUACACACACAGUUCAGGGUCAUUCAGCAUCUGUGUAGUUACAUAUUUAAACACUUUGAGCAACAUUGAAUCUGCUGUAAGUGAUUUUUAGGAGUAUCUCACACACACACACACACACACACACACACUGCUCUCGCUCUGUACUUUGUGCUCCAUAGGUCACAUAGUGACACACACAAAACCAAUAUUGAGGUCCUAAAUUUAUGAUUUAUGUAUUUGAAAUGCAUAUCACAUUUCCAUCCAUUUGGAUUAUACGGUUUUAACAUAAAUAUAUUCAUACCAUAAUACAUUUUUGUUGUACUUAAGCUGUGAUAAAGUAUGCAAACGCAGCGCGAGCUUCACUACAGGAAGCAGAAAGUGUCCGACUUCAUGUUUCCGUUUUCAGCUCCUCCUCGACUGCAAGCGACAACUCUCGUGGAUCAGUUGCAUCCAGCCGCAGCCGAUGACGAAUGUUAGUUGGGUGGGGUUUGACAGAGGGCGUGUCUGUAAAUGGGUGGGGUUUGACUAUGGGCAUGUCUGUGAGUGGGCGGGGUUUGAUUAUGUUAUGGAUCAGUUGCAUCCAGCCGCAGCCGAUGACGAAUGUUAGUUGGGUGGGGUUUGACAGAGGGCGUGUCUGUAAAUGGGUGGGGUUUGACUAUGGGCAUGUCUGUGAGUGGGCGGGGUUUGAUUAUGUUAUGGAUCAGUUGCAUCCAGCCGCAGCCGAUGACGAAUGUUAGUUGGGUGGGGUUUGACAGAGGGCGUGUCUGUAAAUGGGUGGGGUUUGACUAUGGGCAUGUCUGUGAGUGGGCGGGGUUUGAUUAUGUUAUGGAUCAGUUGCAUCCAGCCGCAGCCGAUGACGAACGUUAGUUGGGUGGGGUUUGACAGAGGGCGUGUCUGUAAAUGGGUGUGGUUUGACUAUGGGCAUGUCUCCGAGUGGGCGGGGUUUGAUUAUGGGCGUGUCUGUUAGUGGGUGGGGUUUGACACAUGCAUGUGUGUUUUAGUGGGCGGAGUUGGGCAUAGAGGGCGUGUGUACUUUAGUGGGCGGGAUUUGACAGGGUAUGUGUACUUUAGUGGGCGGGGUUUGGCAUAGAGGGUGUGUGCAGUUUAAGUCUGUAAAGCUCCUGAAAUCACUUACAGCACCUUUAAGAAUCAAACACUAUAUUGACUGAGUUUCAUAACUUUUUAAGGCCAAACAAAAGCAAUUUUGUAUUUGUUACCAAAUGGUCGGUUCACACAGAACGAGCCAUACGUGACUGAACCUGCUGUGCCUUUUCUUUUAUUCAUUUUGCUUCAUUUUAUUUCAGUGAACAGGCGACAUCACAUCACUGUGCCUUCUUAAAGAUGACUUUAUAAGUGUCAAAUACUAAAGUUAAGGUUUAAUGAUCUGGUAUUUGUUGAUUUGAAUUCAGUUUGUCCUGUUGGGGAAUAUAUAAUCUAACGUCUGCAGUCAUUUCAGCCGACUCACUUCUGCAAAUGUAAACUUUGAUCCUCAAACACUGAACACAGACGAAUGUCUGAUUAUUUUCAAUGAUUUCAAGGUUUAUUGUUUUGAAAUGAAGAUAUGUAAGUAUUAUUAGGCAGAGCAGGAUUGCAAUGAGAUUGCAUAGUGUUACUGAACUAAUAUUUCAGAAUCUUUUCUGAAAUAUGAAAAUAAGUAUUUUAAAAGGUUCAAUCUGUAUAUUUCAAUGUUUAGCGGAGAUGAUCACAUGGGUGUUUUGAUAUGUUACAUUUUAAUGUUUGUACUAGCUUUCUGUCAACUAGAUGCUUUGGUGUAAAAUCAUAACAUAAUAACCUCUUACCCUAACUGAAGGUGUGUAUUGUCACAUUGCACUAAAAACACCACAUUAAAUGUAAUUCUGAAGCUGCACGUUUAACGCACUGUUUUUUGAGAUGGUCACUGGUUUCGAUCCCUGAGCCAUUUUAUUUGAGUUUCAUGAUUUCUUUGUUAUUAUACUGAUGUGCCAAACAUGAAUGAGUUCAAUCAAAAAUAUUGCACUUGAUGCGUUUGAUUCGCUUGGACGUCAAUGGAAAAAAUCUCAUAUUUGUGCCUGAGCUCAAAUGAUAGUGUCUGUAUCUGAGUUGAGACUGAAUCUUUGCGCUUCAGUGUGAAUGUAAUGCAUUUCGUGGUCUUUUCAGCCUUCCAGGUGUUAAAUGACGCAGAUCUUGCCUUGAUCAGUGUAUAAACUAUAAAACUCAGUGGCCUUCGACCGAUGAACAGACUGUUUCUUGUCUUCUGCAUCUGUCCAGCUGUUAGAUUUCUAUAUUCAGACUGCACAAAUAAUUGUACAGUUUUGUAUAUAAAUGAUGCCUUUUUUCCUGUGGAUUUAUAAGAAAAUACAAUUAAAAAACUUUCUGAAAAGCA